AGACGAGCGCCCUUUAGUGGGCGAUAAAGAAAAUGCCUCCACUAGUAGAUCCUACGCCAAGUGGAGUGCUCUUCGAAACUGAUACUCAAACUGCAGACUUGGGACUAGCAAAAGAUGUGUCAGUGCUAAAGAACGCAACGCCGAGGAAAUACGAAUACGUCUGGUUCAACAUCUUCUGGUUCCUUUUACUCCAUAUAGGCUCUCUGUAUGGCGUCUACUUGGCUUUAACGUCGGCAAAAUGGCAGACCAAUGUGUUUGCCUUCGCUGUUCAUCUGAUGUGUGCAAUCGGAAUAGGAGCCGGCUCGCAUAGACUAUGGACACAUCGAAGUUAUAAAGCAAAAACACCUCUUCGAACACUUCUGAUGCUGUGGCAAACUAUGGGCUUCCAGGAUUGUAUUUUCGAGUGGGCUCGUGACCAUAGAACCCACCAUAAAUACGCGGACACGGAUGCCGACCCCCAUAAUGCUGAGCGGGGAUUGUUCUACUCGCAUAUGGGCUGGCUUUGCGUCAAGAAGUUGCCAGAAGUCAUUGAAGGCGGAAAACGUAUCGAUCUCAGCGACCUUUAUGAAGAUCCAGUCGUGAUGUUCCAGAAAAAGCAUUACAUGAAGAUGAUGCCAAUCCUGUGCUUCUUGUUACCGACGGUUAUCCCGGUCUAUUAUUGGAAUGAAACGUGGCUCAAUGCAUUCUUGAUACCCACUAUUCUACGAUAUACGAUUGGCAUCAAUGUGGUGUGGAGCGUUAACAGCUUUGCUCACGUCUUCGGAUACAGACCGUAUGACAAGUCACUGAACCCCCGGGAGAAUAUCGCAGUGUGGAUGAUUUGCGUGGAAGGCUUUCACAACUACCACCACACGUUCCCGUGGGACUACCGCGCUACUGAACACCCCGUUCUUAACAUGCUUACGCCUACUAUCAUGUUUAUAGACGCAAUGGCUAAGAUUGGGCAGGCUUAUGACUUGAAGAUGGUCACGCCUGAUAUCAUAAAACAAAGGUCACAGCGUACUGGCGACGGUACUCAUCACCUUUGGGGAUGGGACGACCCUGAGUUUACUGAAAAAUUAAAAAGCCGAAUGAGCACUGUCGAUCAUCCCGAACGUAAAGCUGCUUAA